AGGUCAUCCGGGCCUUAGGGUGCUGGACGGGAGCGCGUCCGGAGACGCAGACCUCGGGGGAUGACGGCCCUCCUCCCGCGCCCCGCGCUCGGCUGCCAUUUCUCUCCAUCAUUGCUCCGCUUAGCGUUUAAAGACGCGCGAAGGAAGCAACUGGGAGCGUGGGCGUCCAGACUCUCCCGACCAGGCCCGCCCUUCGGCCCCACCCAGCUCGCGCCGCCCCGGCCGCUGUCCAGCGCCGGCACACCCUUCCCCGAAGCCAAAGUAACCGCCAUUUCCCCCAGCAAGCGGGCCCGGCCUGCGGAGGAUGGCGGCUUGCGGCUCCGCUUUGUUCGACUAUCGGAGCACGCCACGGCCCCGACCCGGGGGUCCGCGCGGGCCGCAGGCUAUGACCUGUACAGUGCCUAUGAUUAUAUAGUACCACCUAUGGAGAAAGCCCUUGUGAAAACAGACAUUCAGAUAGCUCUUCCUUCUGGGUGCUAUGGAAGAAUAGCUCCACGUUCUGGCCUGGCUGCAAAAUACUUCAUAGAUGUAGGAGCUGGUGUCAUAGAUGAAGAUUAUAGAGGAAAUAUUGGUGUUGUGUUAUUUAAUUUUGGUAAAGAGAAGUUUGAAGUAAAAAAAGGUGAUCGAAUAGCACAGCUCAUUUGUGAACGGAUUUUUUAUCCAGAUAUAGAAGAAGUUCAAGUGUUGAAUGACACUGAAAGGGGUUCAGGAGGUUUUGGUUCUACUGGAAAGAAUUAAAAUAUAGGUCAAAUAUAGAAAAAUGUUACUUUCUCUUAAAAAUAAAGACUUUCUGCUUAAAGUGUUAGUAUUUUGCACGACUGAAAAGCUAGCUUUAGCUUCAGAAAGUUUAUUUUCUUACAAUAAAGGAAAGAGUUUCUUUGUUAGUA